GCGGCGAGGGGCGGAGGGUGCGCGGCGGCGGGGCCGGGAGCGCCGCAGGGCAGCGGGGCCGCCAUGCCCGCCAAGUCCAAGUACAACCUGGUGGACGACCGGCACGACCUCCGCAUCCCCCUGCACAACGAGGACGCCUUCCAGCACGGCAUCUGCUUCGAGGCCAAGUACAUAGGCAGCCUGGAUGUGCCGCGGCCCAACAGCAGGGUGGAGAUCGUGACGGCCAUGCGGCGGAUCAGGUAUGAGUUCAAAGCCAAGAACAUCAAGAAGAAGAAGGUGAGCCUCGUCGUGUCGGUGGACGGCGUGAAGGUCAUCCUGAAGAAGAAGAAGAAGCUUCUUCCCUUGCAGAAAAAAGAAUGGGCCUGGGAUGAGAACAAAAUGCUCGUCAUGCACGAUCCCAUCUACAGGAUAUUCUACGUGUCCCACGACUCCCAGGACCUCAAGAUCUUCAGCUACAUUGCCAGGGAUGGCUCUAGCAAUGUCUUCAGGUGCAACGUCUUCAAAUCCAAGAAGAAGAGCCAAGCCAUGCGCAUCGUCCGCACGGUGGGGCAGGCGUUCGAGGUCUGCCACAAGCUGAGCCUGCAGCACACCCAGCAGAACGCCGACGGGCAGGAGGAUGGAGACAGCGAGAGGAACGGGGACGACCUGGACGUCCCAGCCUGCCGCCUCACCGCUGUGGAGCGGGCGGCCGCCUCGGCGGAGGAGACCGACAUCGACGCCGUGGAGCUGCCGCUGCCUGGGGCCGGCAUCCUCGACUUCAGCCGCGGCGUCACCGACCUGGAUGCCGUGGGCAAGGAGGCGAGCGCCGACGCCAAGGGCUGCCUCCACCCCGAGGACAUCCUGACCGCCUCGCCCAGGCUGCUGCUGCCCUCGUCCGCCCCGCUGCCCGACCUGGGCACGCCGCUCUCUGCCCACCACCAGAUGCAGCUCCUGCAGCAGCUCCUGCAGCAGCAGCAGCAGCAGACGCAAGUGGCCGUGGCACAGGUCCACCUGCUGAAGGACCAGCUGGCCGCGGAGGCGGCGGCGCGGCUGGAGGCGCAGGCGCGCGUGCACCAGCUCCUGCUGCAGAACAAGGACUUGCUGCAGCACAUCUCGCUCCUGGUCAAGCAGGUGCAGGAGCUGGAGCUGAAGCUGGCGGGGAACAACACCACGGGCUCCCAGGACAGCCUGCUGGAGAUCACCUUCCGCUCCGGCGCCCUCCCCGUGCUCUGUGACCCGACCACCCCGCAGCCCGAGGACACCCACCUGCCGCAGCUGGGCCCCGGCUCGGGCUUCCCCAGCGCCCUGGGCAGCCCCAUAGGUAGGAACGACUGUCUGGUGAAGCUGGAGUGCUACCGCUUCCUGCCGGGCUCGGGGCCGCACGUCCCGGAGCCGGCGCUGGGCAGCCUGGAGCUCCUCAAGUUCCGCGAGUCGGGCAUCGCCUCCGAGUACGAGUCCAACACGGACGAGAGCGAGGAGCGCGACUCCUGGUCCCAGGAGGAACCGCCGCGCCUGCUCAACGUCCAGCCCCGGCAGGACCUGGGCGACAGCCUGGAGGACGAGAUCGCGGUGUAGGGCACGGCAGGAGGUGGUGCGGAGCAGCCGGGAGCCCUGGCGGGGCCGGAGGAGGGAGCGCGGGGCCGGAGGGCAGCGCAUGGCGCUGUGCCGUGCCCAGGGGAAAUAAAUGGCACCCGGAGACGUGCCAGCUCAGCAGGAGCAGGGCACAGACCUCGUCCGUCCCCAGGCUGUGUCCCUGCUGCCAGCCCCGUUGUCCCGAGCACAGCCAGCCCUCAGCACCCUCAGCUUCGUGCCAGGCUUGUGCUGCUCCCUGGUCCCCGUGCCUGCCCCCGGGCUGCGUUGAGAGGUCAGAAGUAAGGGAAGCAAAGAGCCCUCAGCACCAUCACAGCCCCGCAGGGCCCUGUCGUGCUGCUGGCAUCGCUGCCAGAGCCCCACGGCACGCAGCUGCCCAGCAGCCCCAAACUGCGGAGGUCAGCCCGUGCCUCCUGUGCCGGGUUAGGAGGUGGUGUAAGUGGUGUUACUGGGGGGGGAGCGGCGAGACAGGCGAAGGUCUUUGCUGGGGGAAUGAGAGAGCAGUUGUGGGGUGGUGAGCGGGGACGGGAGGGAGCCAAGAGCCAGUAUGGGGCAGCGAGUGGGGUUUCUGCAUGUGGAGGUGGCGGGAGAGGAGGCUGGGGCCGUGCUGUCAGGAUGAGCGAUAGUGUGGGUGCGUGGGCGAGAGCAGGGGGACACUGGGGACGAGCCUCGGAAGGUGAAGGGGUGAGAGGAGGUUGCACAGGAUGGCCGGGCACGGGCAGCUUUGGCAGGGUGCUGGGGCUUGUGGUGCUUUGGGACAGGGUUGGUCCCUGCCCGAGACAGGUGGAGGGUGCGUGGGCACUGCCUGCCCCUCCCCGGGGCUGCAGAGCGGGGAGGGAGUCAUUACGGGCACGGAGCGGGAGCCAGGGAGCGCAGCACGGGGUGUGCAGUCCUCCUUCCCCUCGCUGCCUGGUCCUGGACCUCCUCAGCACGGCUGCCAGGCUUCGAAGCCUUUCUGGUGUUCUCGAGCCAUGUUUUCAAGUGCUUCCGUGCACCCACCGCCACCACCAGCUCCCUGCUUCGCUUUACAGACAAAACCCACCGCAUUUCCCAGCAGGUGCUUGCCCGCAAACCAGGGCUGGCAAUGGCUGUGCGGAGACAGACACACACAGACCCUCCGUGGGGAGCGAGCUCUCCUCCUGCAGGCACCGUGCUCGUUCGGAUUCGGGGUGGUUGCUUUUUGGGGGAAGCUGAGCCCGGUUCGGGGGGCUCUGGCCCCCUGGGAGGUGAUGCCAGCUGUGAACAUUGCUGGGAGCUGCCCGGGAGCAGCGGGCAGAACGGGAUGGAGCUGGCGGGUGGCACGGGUGAGGACUGGCCGUGCGCAGGGGCUCCUUCACGAGCCUGGUUUGCGCCCUCCAGAGGGGCAAAUCCGGGAUAUCAGGGUGCCCCAGCAGCCCCUCAGAGGCCGGUGGUUGUCCUUAGAGGCCCCCAGAGGAGCCUUUCCCUUCUCUGCGAGCACAUUUAUCAGCUGCCCACUGCUGCAGCCUCCAAGAGGCCACAGCUGAAGCGAUACAAGCCAGAGCCCUGAUGCCCCCCUGCUCCCUGAGGAAGCGCUGGGAGAGCUGGGGGUUGGCACGGUCAUUUUCCACUCCUUCCCCCCUCCUGUCCUGCUUCUGCUUCGCUUUGUCGCUUGCCUGCUGCUCUCCCCUUGGCCAGCUCUGUCUGCUCGCUGUGCCUGCGCCUAACCCCUCGCUGCGCAUCUCCCCGCCUCGAGCUCGUGCUGUGCUCCGCUGCUCAGCCCCCUGCCGAGGGAGGCCCGUGGCUUCCUCCUGCCCCAGUCCCCUCGGGGCUGAGGAGCGGGGUGUGGGUGAGACCCCCGGGGCAGGCGAGGGCUGUGCUGGGCACUGCCCACCCAGGAGGAGGCUGGAUGAUGAGGGCAGUGGGGCUGGCAGGAGCUGGGGGUCCCAGAGGGAAGGCAGGACGAGUUCUGUGCUGGGCCUCUUAGCAGCAGCGAGGGGCUUGUUGGGAACACGAAGGUCAAAGCGACCGUGAGAUGGUGGAGUUCAGGGUCCUUAGGGCAGGGAGGAGGGUGAAAGGCAAGCUCGCAAGCCUGGGCUUUCAGAAGAGCAGACCUUGGGCCUCCCCAGCGGUCUGCUUGGAAACAUCCUGUGGGACAAGACCCCGGAGGGCACAGGGACCCAGGAAAGCUGGCUAAUGCUCAAGGGUUACCUCCAAAAAGCUCAAGAGGUCCAUCCCGUCAACGAGGAGGUCAGACAGGAACGCCGGGAGGCCUGCGUGGGUGAACAAGGAGCUCCUGGCCCAACUCAGACCCAAAGAGGAAGAGUACGGAGGGGGGAAGCAAGCAUGGACAUUGCCCAGGCACCCAGGGGUGAAGUUAGGAAAGCUAAAGCCAAAAUGGAACUGAAGCUGGUCAGGGAUGUUAAAGCCGUCGGGGCCAGUGAUGGCCCCCGUGGCCCCCACCGUCUGGGUGGGGGCACCCUCACGAGGCCGCCCAUGGCACGGAGCUGGGGGCAGUGGGUGACGCCAGGGGCCCUCACCGGGCUGGAGAGGCGACUGGUGGCACCGCAGGCAGCUCAGCGAGGGGAAGCACCACUUCCCUCCUUGGAGAUCCUCAAAAGCUGCCGGGACGUGGUCCUGGGCAGCCUGCUCUGAGCAUCCCUGCUCGAGCAGGGGUUGGAGUAGGUGACAUCCCGAGGUCCCUUCCAGCCUCAGCCCUUCUGUGAUUGUUUCAGUGUCCCCAGCAGUGGCCUGGUGCCCGGCGGAGCCCCCCGAGGGGACAGAGCAGCGGUGGGUGCUGGUAGCAGGGUGCCCUGGGGGCAGACGAGGGCAGGAGCAGCAGCAGGCAGGACAUCUCCUCCAGGCCCGGCUGCCUUGGGAAGCAGCAGGCAGUGCCGAGCCAGCUCCCUGCCUGCAGCCUUGGGCUGGUGGCCAGCGCUGCCCGCAGGGGAUGGUGACUGAUGCCCCGGGGCCGAGGGGGUGCCGCUGCCCCCUGUGCGUCACCGGAGCCGGCUGGGAGCCAGCCCAUGCCGUGGGUACGUGUGUGAAUGAUCCUCCUCACCCGGCGCUGCCUACCAAAUGCCUCUCUGGCCUCUCACUUUUGUUAUGGACCUUGACUGGGAAUUUAUAGCUCUAUUUUUUGUCCUUUCUUUUUCCUACG